AUGGAAUCCUCUUUAACCCCUACUAUUCAACCGAACACAUUCAGCCGAUACAAGAUGGCUCGCACCAUCAGCAGCAGGCGCAAUGGCAGGCGCAGCGUCACCUGUUCCGUCCUCCUCCUCGUCCUCGCCGUCUCCAUAAACAUCUCCGUGUCGCGCGCGGACAGCUCAUCCUCCUCCUCCGACGGCGGAUCCGACGGGCCACCCAAGGUGGGCAAAUCCGCGGGGUCCAUCACGAGCGUGACGAACAACCCCAAGCCCGACGGGCACGGCGAGGUGGACGACGGAUUCCGCGCGGAUGUUCCCAAGGCGGUCCUCGCGCAGGACGACCCCGGCGCGACGUACGUGGACGUGAAGCAGGAUUCGCUCGCCAUUCCCGAUGUCAAGAAAGCCGGGUGGAACCGCAUGAAGUGCCCCCCACAUCUGCCGGUGCCCGGGCAGGGCGCGUGCACACCGGCGAACUGCAGCAAGGGCAAGAUUCCCGCUAAGUGGAAGACGUCCAACCUGCUGAAGCACAAGCUGGGAGUGGAGAUUUACGUGAAGGGAAAUCCGUUGACAGUGAAGAAGGCGUCCCCGCAGACGUGCUGCAACACGUGCGCCGCCACGCCGCGCUGCACGUACUGGCAGUUCAUCCCCGACAUCACCCUCGACGGCACUAAGACCCCUGGCGCGUGCUUCCUGGUGCACGACGAGAUCGACUACACGUGCGGGCAGAUCAUCGCGCAUCCGAUUUUCCCUCUUUCUUGA